AAUCUUCCUUUUUCUUUUAGAUAAUUAUUACAGCGUCGAGUGCAAUAAUAUAGUAAUCAUGCAAAAUAGAUCAGAUCAUAUUCCUGCUAUAAGCACUAUCGCACCACCUUCGUACACGGAGGCAACAGGAAUAUCUGCAUGGAGAAACAACUCGACAUUCGACCAAAGAUAUCCACACAUGAACUUUUCUCCAUCACAUCAUUCAGCGCCGCAUUCGUACACACCUUAUUCGAAUAUACCUGUUCAAACUCCUUAUCCGGACUAUGAGUUGGAACAAAAUCAACAAAAUCAAUUAAACGCACAUUAUGGCGGAACAUUAAUAGUCGAAGCUGCAGAAGAUAAAAAUUUGACCAAGUGUAUCGUAUUUUCGAGAAUACUGUGGGUAGGAUGUUCGUUAGUAACUAUAAUAGCUAUUCUUGUAUUAAUAAUUAGAGCUUCUUCAUCGAGAUAUUAAUUAUUAUUGCUAUUAUUCAAAUUAAU